AUGAAGAAUCAAGCACUGAUACAGCUACAAAAAAGAUGCUCAGCCUCGAUACUGGAAAGCUUUAAACCAGCAGUGAAUGACGCUUUGAGAGGGCUGGAGGCUGAAGGAGUUAUUGAGAAGGUAGCAACCAGUGAGUGGGAAGCCCCAAUCGUGACUCCUGUGAGCAAGGAUGGUAUUGUAAGGGUAUGUGGUGAUUUCAUGGUGACGAUUAAGCCUCAGUUGGAAAUCGAUGAGUUCCUUGUUCCCCGCGCUGAUGAUAUUUAUGCUAGCCUAAGUAGGGCACCAACCAUCUGGCUAAGGGCCAUGAGUCAGGUCCUACAAGGCACUUUACGGGUUUCUUGCUACCUGGACAACAUUAUUGAAGCGAGCGGAAUCAUGGAAGAAUACCUUGAGCGGCUUGCCGCAGUUUUGAAGAGGCUUGAAGAGUAUGAUUUGAGGGCCAACCAGGAGAGGUGUAACUUUCUUAGAAGCUCUGUUGAGUAUUUAGGACGUGUCAUCUCUACAGAUCUAGAAGGACUACACUAA